CAUGAAAAUAUACAGUGUAUCGAUAAUAAACAAUAAUCGCUUCCUCGCUCAAAACAUUAUUAUAUCACAUUUGUAUGUGUGUAACAUUUGUAUUAUGGAUCAUGAUGUAAGAAAACAUCUUUUAAAUUAUUUCUUAUCGCUUGCGACGUAAGUGGCGAAACCACGCGAAAGGUUGAAUCUCGUAUGCUCGUUAUCUGCACGAAGAUGCAACUCACAUAAAUACGAUGAAAAAACAAGGUUGACAUACGUUUAUCAAUUACUGAAUUUGUGCGGCGCAUUAAAUUAGUCAUUGAAGAGACUUUCGUGCGUAAAUGUCUGCCAAAGGUGAUGAGUCACAGGACAAAUCCAAACAUGGAACAGAAAACGUAUGUCCAGAAGAUACAUCAUUUGAUCCAACUGAACAUCAGCAUAUACGAUAUAAUCCAUUAAAAGGAGAAUGGGUACUUGUGUCUCCGCAUCGUAUGAAGCGACCGUGGGGAGGACAGAUAGAACCCAGUACAGAUGAAGAUCUUCCAGAUUAUGAUCCGAAAAAUCCACUUUGCCCAGGAAAUGUCAGAGCUAGUGGAGAAAUAACUCCAAUGUAUCAAAACACAUUUUCGUUUGUGAACGAUUUUCCUGCUUUACUAGAAUCAGUACCAGACCCACCAAAACUGGAGGAUGAAUUGUUCCAAAUGGCAUCUGCCAAAGGUACUUGUAAAGUGAUGUGCUUUCAUCCAAAAUCAAAUGUAACAAUAGCUUUGAUGAAGAUUCAUGAAAUUAAAGAAGUGGUUAAACGGUGGAUUGUUGAAAUGCUCGAAUUGGGCGAUAAAUGGACUUGGGUUCAGGUAUUUGAAAAUAGAGGUGCUCUGAUGGGCUGCAGCAAUGCACAUCCUCAUUGUCAGAUAUGGGCCAGUUCCUUUCUACCGAAUGAAGCUAGAAUAAAAGACAAAUAUCUUAACGAUUAUUACGAACGUAACAAGAAGCCUCUUCUCAUUGACUACAUGCAGAAGGAAGUUCUAAAAAAGGAUCGCAUUGUAAUCGAGAAUCGUGAUUGGAUAGUUGUAGUACCGUUUUGGGCAGUUUGGCCAUAUGAAACUAUGGUACUACCAAAAAAGCAAGUUACUAGAAUGCAAGAUUUAUCAGACAGUCAACAAGAAUCUCUAUCUGUCAUCAUGAAAAGAUUAUGUACUAAAUAUGAUAAUCUCUUCCAAUGCUCUUUCCCAUAUUCAAUGGGAUGGCACGGCGCUCCAACGGGUCCAUAUCUCAAUGACGAUUAUCCGUAUUGGACCUUUCAUGGAAUAUAUCUACCACCUCUAUUGCGAUCUGCUACAAUAAAAAAACAUAUGGUCGGCUAUGAACUCUUAGCUCAAGCACAAAGAGAUUUAACGCCGGAACAAGCAGCAGAAAAAUUAAGGAGCUUACCAGAUUCUCACUAUAAACAUCCAGAAACUAGUUUAACCACUGGAGAAAUAGAAACAUAUUCGAAUAUGUAAAUAAAAUGUACAUUUCCAUAUGUAUAACAUGUAUAAUA